AUGGCCACGUCCGUCGCUCGCAGCAGCGCGCAGCGCGCCGGGGGCGCCUGUGUCCGCUGCCGCAAAGGCAAGACCAAAUGCGUCUACGAGACGGGCGAGCCGCCUUGUCGCAACUGCGCAAAAGGCCCGCACGAGUGCUACCUGCCCUCUGAGCGCAUGGCCUACCUCCAUGGCCAGGCGCCCGGUCGACCAGUGUCCGCCUCCCACAGCAGACCACCGCGCGACGCUGCGCCCGGCCCAGCUGGUUCGAUUCCUGAGCCUCGACCUCUGGUCGUCGCCUCGACGCCCAGCGCCAACCGCACCACCAACGCGCACAAGGAAUUCAUCACAAAUGAGCACCUGCAAGAGUGCGAGCGCGUCGUGCUGCGCACGUUCCCGGCCUGCGUUGCCUUCCACAAGACAUCCAUCCUGCAAGACAUCCAGGCGCCUGACCACACACUGGAGCCUGUCCUCAUCUACAGUCUACUCGCAGUCGCGGCCCGCACGUCGCGUCCCAUGAUCCGUCGCUAUGGCUCACCCACUGCCGGCGCUGAGACAUGGGCCGCCAAGGCCCUGGGCCCCAUCAACGUCAACCUCAACAACCCUACGCUCGCCGAUGUACAGGCCCUUUGCCUGGUCAUCAUCCACGAGUGGGGUUCCGGCAAGGCGGUCGCCGCGUACAUCUUCCUCGGCCAGGCGGUCAGGAUGCUUCAGAUGUACCGCAUCGUCAACAGCCACAACUCGGGGAGGGACGACUAUGGCUUCGUCGCCGACGAGACGCAGCGCCGGACCCUCUGGCUGCUCUACAUGCUCGACUGCUUGUUGACCAGCACCCCAGGCCGUCGCUCCGCUCUGACCGAAGCGGACUAUGCCGACGUCAGUCUGCCGUGCUCGGAAGACCACUUUGACUCCGAGGAGCCCGUCUACGUGAAGACGCUGGCGCAGCAGCUGGAAGCAACCAACCACUCCGCCGUUGUCUCACCGCCCCCGGGCACGGGCGAGAUGGGUGACUUUGGCUUCAUCAUCUUAGCUGCGACCAUCUGGCGCGAGGUCGUGGCCAUGCUGACCACCAACACCAUCUACAGCUACCGCGAGGAGUCGGUCACGAAACUGCUGCGCGAGGUCGACAACCUGCGCGCCAUGUUGCCGUACCAGCUGGCGGACAAGCCUGGCCAACUCAAGAACCAUGUGACCAAGGGCACCGGCGACACAUUUGCCAUGCUGCACUGCUUCCUGCACUGCUCGAGCAUCUUCCUGCACCGCCGUCGCCUGCUGCAGGAGGUGACCGCCACCAGCUUCCACCUCGAGUCGUUCCGGAUGACGCCAAAGUGCCACGACCUCGUGGACAGGCUUUUCACAUCGUGCCACGCCAUCAUCACUAUCCUGGAAGCCGUUCACAACAGGGUGAGCCGCGAAAAGGAGCUUGCGCCUUGCUUCACCAUCUUCAUGUCAUUCUCCAUCUUCACGGCAGGCGCUACUGUAGCCUAUUUGUCACUCAAGGGCUUGACGCCCCUCACGGCGGUCGAGACAGCUGCCCAUAUUGUGGAGAACAGCCUUCGCUUCAUGUCGCAGGGAACCGAGCACUGGCCGCUCAUGUCGAGCUGGCUGCGCCACUUGACCGUGAUGCAGCGUGUCUUGCACAAUGACGCUGCCAGCGGCUCACGCCACAACUCGAACGCAGCCCUCGUGCGAGACGAGGUGUCGUCCAACGCCGACACGGCAGACCACGACCAGCGGUCGGUCCCGAGCAGCAGCGUCCCACCCCAGCAUUCUAUGCCGGCCGGCGGACCCCACGUCAACACUCCGUUUGGCCGCGGUGAGAGCGAGCCCCCCGUCACCAUGCCUCGCCGGCCCGGCAUCACCACCAUCAACGGUGGCCCUACCGAGUCGCCUGCGCCGCCCCCCACCAACUCUCCGCCCCAUGGCAGCCACUACGCAAGUUAUGCGCCGCCAGCGGAGUCGAAGCAGCUCAGCCCUCCCGCUCCCGGCAGCAUGCACGGCAUGCCAAACAACUCGCACGAGCCGGUGGUGGCCUCAAAGCAGGACAUGACGGCACCAGAGCUGUGCGCAGAAUUUGAGAGACAGCUACUCGAGAUGGACGACCUGGCAGCAUUCAUGGGUGGCGGUGUGUAA